GUUGUGGUUGAGAACUCCGCAAAACUGCUUUCGAAUUCGUGUUUUGAAAGCACUAAAGUUAUCUCAUUACCUCCUUGUUCGUAUCAGAAAGUCUGGGGUUCAGUCGAGUUCAGAUAUUUCCUCGAGCUUGUUUACAACUUCCUUAUAUCCAUACACAACUGCACUAACUCUUGGGUCGACGGGAUUUACUACCGUUGUCAGAUAGCCAGCCUUUCAACGUCAUUAUUCAUAUAAAGGCAACACUCGAAUAGUAAACGGCAGAUAUAUUGAACUUGGUAGCCUAUACAAACAUUCAAUAUGAUACCAGAAAAUCCCCUGCCAUUCAAUGGCAACUUCUCCUCGCCAGAGGAAUAUAUCGAUGAGCUUCUUAAAUUCGUGCGAACGUCUGAGACUUUUCAGAUUCUCUGCGGCGGGGUCCAUAUCCUCGACUUUUUCACCAUCGAGCCUGGUCUCUUUCAUUAUGCCAUUCCCAAAGAAUGGCACGCAUUCAUCCUCUCAAGGAGUCUCAUGGAGUUUCUUGACCUUCUCAUGCGGGAUGAUUUAGACAAUCUAAAGCUGGAAGGAGAGCAGCCGCCAGCGAGCCUCAUAGAUUACAUUCGAGCAGUCCGUAGUCUUUCUCUUGGCCGAUCAUUUACGCCCCCUUCAGAGAAAUUGCCGGUCCUGCCACGGUCGGUAGCUGUGGGCAUGAACGUCAAAAAGACUCACGAAGUCACCAACUUCGCGGACUACCUGGCCCGACUAUCAAAAGACAUCAGUUCGCAGUGCGGCUAUGAGAUAUCUCACUACGUGGACUUCGGUAGCGGCCAAAACUAUCUGGGCCGGGCCAUGGCAAGCGAGCCUUAUAACAGGCAUGUUGUAGCUGUCGAGGGACGAGAGAACAACGUCACGGCAGCGAGAGGUCUAGACGUGUCUUCUGGAUUAGCCGUUAAGCCAAAGGUCAUGAGGAACAAGAAGCUAUGGACGAAGAUUUUAGAAGCGCGGGGGCCUGAUGGCCAAGAGGACCCAGAGGCCUUGGCCAAGGCUAUUCGCGAGGUUGCAGGAGAUGAAGCUUUUGAGUUUAGACCUGUCAAAGAACUCGAAGCCGAAUAUACCGUGGAAAAAGGUAAGGGGUCUGUUCAGUACAUCUCAGGUCGACUGGAAACUGGCGACCUGGCCGACGUCAUUGCCCAAAUCAACCCUGGGAGUCAAACUGAAGACGAGAAGAAGGGCCUAAGCCUGAUGGCUAUGUCAAUCCAUUCUUGCGGAAAUCUGUCACACUUUGGAAUCCGCUCUCUGGUCCUCAACCCGGACAUUCGAGCCGUGGCCAUCGUUGGGUGUUGUUACAACCUGAUGACCGAGAAACUCGGUCCUCCAACAUACAAGCACGCUUUCUUGAGGCCGACUCUCCAAGCUGUCAACGGUCGGCUCGUUCGGGAAUCAGAAAAGCAUGACCCACAGGGAUUCCCGAUGAGCCAGAAGUUUUCUGCAUAUCAGGGAGAUGGCGUGCGAUUGAACAUCACAGCCCGCAUGAUGGCUUGCCAAGCACCGCAGAAUUGGACCGAGAAGGAGAGUGCUGGAUUCUUCUCUCGACAUUUCUACCGAGCAGUCUUGCAAAAGAUGUUCCUUGAUCGAGGCGUGGUGAAGAAAGUGCGGCAUACAGGUAGCCAAGGAGAAUCACAGGCGGAUACUGCAGCCUCAACCCAGGAUGACAGUGAGAGCCCCUUCGACAUCAGCACCAAUCCAGUCAUCAUUGGAUCACUCAGGAAAAGUUGCUAUGGGUCGUUCAAGUCCUAUGUCCGCGGCGCGGUGGAGAAGCUCACGACAAACAACGAGUACAAACAGUAUGCAGACGUGAUGCAGGAGAAAAUGGGCGACAUCUCAGACGAGGAGAUCGAGAGGUACGAGGCAUUGUAUAUGCCUCGGAAAAAGGAGCUAUGUGCUGUCUGGAGCCUCAUGGCAUUCAGUGCGAUGGCAGUCGAAUCCCUUAUUGUAUCAGACCGGUGGACAUUUCUGAAAGAACACGACGAUCUCGUCCGUCACGCGUGGGUCGAGACGGUGUUUGACUAUGAACAAAGUCCGAGAAACCUGGUUGUUGUUGGAGUUAAGCGAUGAUUAAACUUUUGGCUAGGUCGUAAUCGGAAUGAAAUGAGUUGUCUCAAAUGAUGAUACCCGAUCCUAACCGCAUCUCUGGACGAGGCCCUCUCUACUACGUACAGAUUGUGUCCAUGAUGAGGAGAGAUGCAAUCGGCUCCUUGUUGCUAGGCAACGAAAAGAAUAUGUUUGUGUGAGAGGAACUGGGUUUGGUAAUUCGUCGGUUGUGGUUAUUGGUGGUGCUAGGCAAUAUCGGGGCGUGGCUGGCUCUCCUAAAUGAGCGAUGUCAUGCAUGAACCCCCUCCGCUUUCUCUCGACACUUCAGGAGUGACAUUCUCAAGCGGACGACAGGACAGGAAGUUCUUAGGUCGAUCAGCGGCACAGAACAAUA